UGACGAACUUUUUUUUUUUUAAAGGCCAUUUCACAUUGGAAUCCUUCCGCUGGAGACAAAGAACGACGGAACAGGUGGAUGAAUAUCUCAAAAUGACGAGUGGUCUUUGUGCUAGCUAACGGAAGCGGAUUUGUGGAUCACAACAAAACUUUUUCGUGACAGAACUUCGACGUCUACAAUGGAAGACUCCAUUGAGGUGAUUCUGCAGGACUAUGGCGGCGACCUUCACACCAACAGAACCAAUCCUGUACUGUCGGCCUGCACAGGCGCUCUGCUCGCAGGCCUUUAUGGAGUCUGGCGUCUCUUUACAAUGCCUGGCUUUCGUAAAAUCCCACGGAGCCUCAAGGUCCCCUAUUUGCCCUCCAGUAAACAGCAGACACUGAACACUAUGAAGCUGCUUGAGGGACGAACAGGUCGCCUGGCAGAUCUGGGAUCGGGAGACGGAAGACUGGUGUUUGCGGCCUCUUCCGCCGGUUUCCAGUGCACGGGGUUUGAGAUUAACUCCAUAUUAGUGGCCUACACCAGGGGCAAGGCCCUCUGGACAGGCGUGCCCUCCGGCCGAGCAACCUUUGUCAAAAAGGACUUCUGGAAGACUGAUUUGUCUUCGUACGACAACGUGACGGCUUUCCUUGCACCAGGAGUGAUGGAGGUUCUGGGUGAGAAGCUGUUGAAAGAGCUUCCGGAUGACGCGCGUGUCAUCGCCUGUCGUUUUCCUUUCCCCGACUGGCCUCACCGGUCGUCUGUCGGCUCCGGUCUCGACCAGACUUUUUCCUAUGACAUCGGCACGGUGCGCUCACACCUGAGAAACGUAUCAUAAGAUUAAGAUAAGAUAUAUUACAGCAUUACAGCAGCAAGUGGACAGAAGAAUAUAGAAAGAAAUUUGAAAAAAGCAAUAGCUAUGUACAAAAUAUAUAAAUAUAUAAAAUAUAAAAAUAUGUAUAAAUACUACAUACAUACACACAGGUGUGACAAGUGGCAGUCUCUGGGUUACUUUGUUAUCCUGAUGUGACGUUUUCGAAAGCACUAAACCCUCCAGACACAAAAAUUGCUCAGUCAUUUAGAAGCACUGAUCAAGAGUGAUGCUGUUGAAAGACGUUGCUGGGAUGAAUGUGACUCUGAUUAAACAAAGUGCAGGGAUGAUUUCUACAGCACUUAGCCCCACGGUACAGUACUUGCUUGGUCUUGACUGAAAAAGUAUUUGCCGUAUUUCUGACAGUUUUGUUGUAGUGCCAUCAUCCGCUGAUGUCUACAUGGCUUUGUAAGAACCCUUCCACUAAACAUUAACAGUAACGCUAAUAAACAUCUGUAGUAGUUUGCUACGGGGACAAUUGAGAA